UCCCCCACCGCGGGAGGGCUCUUAUAGGCGCGUAGGUCUCGCGAGAGCUGGCGGCGGCGCGCGGGGCACGCUGGGAGUUGUAGGUCGGUAUGCGGUGAGGCGUGGCCUAGCGAAAGGGGCGUGGCCAAGGUGCGGGGCGUGGCCGGGCCCCACGGGGGCGUCGGGCGUUGGGCUUUGGGGCACGGGUGGGCAUCGCUGCCCGCCGCACCCCGUCCCUGCCAGACCUCACUGCCGUGGGGUUUGCUGCCUCGGUGGUGCUGCUUGACCCUGCCCACUCUGGCACACCCGCCACCUGCUUCUGCCUGCCCCCAUCCCCUGCCCCACCAUGAGCUGACAGCAAAACACAUAGGACCCCCACGGAGGGGUGCCCAGCCCACGGGCCUGGCAGCGGGGUGGGACCCAGGCACAGUGGCUCCAGGGAAGGUCCUGCAGCUGCUUUCAGAGGAACCUGGCCCAGCACAGGGUAUACGUUGUGUCACUGGGGAGAACUGGGGUCAAAAGAGUCCUGUGGGCAGCAGGUGCAAUGCCUGGGCCCAUGGGUGCCUGCUGUGCUGGGUGCCGGGUGGGUGUGGGGCCUGGGGGUGGCUCACCUGUCUGUACACUGGCUGGGGAGGCCUCCCUCCCUCCCUCCAUUUGGAUGGCUCAGCCCAGAUUGUUGUGAUGGAUGGAGCUACAUCGAGUUGGCAGCCAGCCACAAGCAGUGUUCCCCACGGCUCAGUGUUGGGGCCAGUCUUGUUUCACAUCUUUAUCAAUAAUCUGGGUGAGGGGACUGAGUGCACCCUCAUUAACUUUGCAGAUGACAUCAAGUUGGGCAGGAGCGCUGAUCUGCUCGAGGGUAGGAAGGCUCUGCAGAGGGACCCGGACAGGCUGGAUCGAUGGGCUGAGGUCAAUUGUAUGAGGUUUAACAAGGCCAAGUGCCAGGUUGCGCACCUUGGUCACAACAACCCCAUGCAAUGGUACAGGCUUGGGGAGGAGUGGCUGGAGAGAUGCCUGACAGAGAGGGACCUGGGGGAGCUGGCUGACAGCCAGCUGAACAUGAGCCAGCAGUGUGCCCAGGUGGCCAAGGUGGCCAACAGCAUCCUGGCUUGUAUCAGGAAUAGUGUGGCCAGCAGGAGCAGGGCAGUGAUCGUGCCCCUGUGCUCUGCACUGGUGAGGCCGCACCUCAAAUACUGUAUUCGGUUUUGGGCUCCUCAGGACAAGAAGGACAUUGAGGUGCUCAAGCGUGUCCAGAGAAGGGCAACGAAGCUGAUGAAGGAUCUGAAGAGCAGGUCUUAUGAGGAGUGGCUGAGAGAACUGGGAUUGUUUAGUCUGGAGAAGAGGAGGCUGAGGGGAGACCUUAUCACUCUCUACAACUACCUGAGAGGAGGUUGUAGUGAGGUGGGUGUUGGUCACCUCUCACAACUCACUAGUGGUAGGGCAAGAGGAAAUGGCCUCAAGCUGCAUCAGGGGAGGUUUAGAUUGGAUAUUAGGAAAAAUGUCUUCACUGAAAGAGUGGUCAGGCAUUGGAAAAGGCUGCCUAGAGAGGUGGUGGAGUCGCCAUCCCUGCAGGUGUUCAAAACACAUGUAGACGUGGCACUUGGGGACUUGAUUUAGGAGGUCUGGGGUUGUUGGGUUGGCGGUUGGACUUGAUGAUCCUAGAAAUCUUUUCCAGCUUUAGUGAUUCUAUGGUUCUAUGACCCAUCUCUCCCUCCCUACCGCGGUCGGAGCGUCCCCUUUAAGGGCGGCGGUGACGUCGGGGGCGGGCACAGCUGGCGCUGGCGCGCCGCCCGCGGGCACAGCUGGCGGGGUCGGGGGGGUGCAGCUGCGCCGGUGCCGCAUGGCUCCGCCCGGCGCCCUCCGGGACCUGACACUGGCCCUGGGGGCCGCCGUGGCCGCCCUCGGCUCCUUCCUCUACAUCGCCUGGAAGAUCUGCUUCCGCGGCACCGGCACCGGCACCGACUGGAGCGGCUGGUGGGAGCAGGAACUGCGGGAGCUGCGGGAGCGAGCCCCCGCCGGCGACGUGCUGGACUGGCGGCAGGUGCUGGUGCUGGGGCUGGACGGGGCAGGGAAGAGCAGCGUCCUGCACUACAUCUGCAGCCAGACAGCCAGGGAGCACAUUGCACCCACCCAUGGCUUCAACUCUGCCCAGCUCUACAUCGAGGGACUGGAGAUGGACCUGCUGGAGGUGGGGGGCAGCCAGAACCUGCGAGCAUACUGGCCCCACUACCUGAGCCAGGCCCACGUGCUGGUGUUUGUGGUGGACUCGGUGGACAGGUCGCGCCUGCUGACGGCACGGCAGGAGUUGCAUGCGCUGCUAGCUGCGGAGCCCCGGCUGCCCCUGGUUGUGCUGGCCAACAAGCAGGAUAAGAGCAAUGCCCUCAGUGCGGCAGAGCUGCAGGAGGAGCUGGCCUUGCACAUGCUGAGUGGGCAGCGGGAGCUCUUCCUCCUGCCCACCAGCGCGACCUGGGCCAGCCUAAGCACUGCCACCAGCGUCCUCCGUGUGAAAAGCCUGCUGGUCACCCUGCUUUCCCAGCCCUGAGCCCGCACAGGCUCCCACCCCUGGCUUGUAUUUGGGGUCUGCGGCACAGGAUGGAGGCGGCCAGGCAGGAGCCCUGGAACUGAAGACUUGCUGGUAGCAGGCUGCCAGUUCUGGGGUGUUUGCUGCACCCCACAAGGUUUGGGGUUGAGCUGCUGCACAGCUGCCCUUGGGAAACAUGAGCAGCAGGCUCUGCUUUCUGCCACAAGGAGAGGGCAGUUGCCUACCCCACUUUAGGGAUGAAGCCUCCCUUGGGAUGGUGGCACAAGCAUGGCUCUUACCUCCUGGUGAGUGGGAACGUGCAGCACACGGCAGGGCCCCGCACCUUCACAGCAGCCCUGCAGGAUAUUAAAUGAAUGGCGCUGAAAAAGUGAGGUAGCCCUUCUACCCACCAGCACAGACAGGUCAUCCCAGGAGAUGGGCUCUCCUUUCCAAAAAACACAGGGAGUUACUGCUGGCACAGCCCUGCCAAUACAGCGCACACCAGUGAGAAUAACCAACUCAGGCUGUCCCUCAUCAGGGCAGAGCACAGCUGUCAAUUCCCCCAACUAUGAAUUUAAAGCCCUGUGUAGGAGAGAUGAAGGCAGGUAUUGUGCAGCCCUGCACUGCCCCUUCACCCUGAACCCUGAACAGGGGUAAAGCCAGUCUAUUUGGUAGGAGUUGCACUCAGCAGGCAUUUGCCCCCCUGCCUGGUCUCCCUCCCUCUCAGCUGCCCCAGGGAGAAGGGAAAGAGGCCAGGCUCAGGGCCCACAGGAAGCCCUGCCUGCAGGCAGAAGGGCUCUUGGGUCAGGCCGUGGGGCACCGGGUCCUGGAAAACCUAUUGCAGAAGCUGGGGAGCACACUGGUGAAAGGGAGUAUGUGCUGGUCUCUGCUGUGAAACCUUUUGUACAGUCGCUUCUUCCUUCUGUCAAUAAAAGAGGCUGAUCACUCUGCUGCCCUCCAGCUCCUUGG